AGAGACAAGAAAAUGUGUGUAUGUACAAUGACAAAUCAUGAGUGCAUUAAAGGCUCCUGUAGAUUAUAAACGUUUGGAAGAAGAACUUCACGCGGCUCUCGCAGAGGAUGAAUUGUAUAAAUUACAAAACGAUGCUAAAAUCCGAGCUGUUGAACAAGGAACACCGACAUAUGAGCAUUUUAGACAGAUGGUGAAUGGUGCUCACUUAAAAUCUUUAGAUCGUAAUGAUAUGAAACCUAAGAUUGGAGUGCAGUGGAAUCCCAUGAUUAAUACUACAUCUUAUGAUUCGAUUACAUGUACUGCACAAAAAUCGAAAUGCGAUAUGGAGAAUAAUAAAAAUAUUAUAAAAAAGUCUCCAGAAACGUACGAAGAUUUUUUACAAUCUUGGAGAGCAAUUACAGACCACUCUGAAAAAUUCGAUUAUAUAUGGAAUCUAAAGAAUAAUUUACGAAAUCAUAUUUUCCGAGUAGAGAUACCUGUAUCUUUUUUCGGUGACUUUAUGAAUGUAUGUCUACAAUAUUUAUCAGAUAUAAACGAUGUAACAUCGAUUAUAGAACUUUUCAGUAUAUUAUGCACAUGUAAUAGAUUCGAUUUGACGAUAUGUUUCAUGACAAAAAAUGAGCGAUCUAUAUGCGAACAAAUUUUCCGACAAUUACAACUCAAAGUAACAUCGCAAGAUAAAGCGUUGGAAAAUACAAUCGAAUCAUUAGCCAUAAAAUAUGGGAUUAAUAUUAAUUAAUGUAGUAUAAUAAUGCUUUCUUGUUAUAAAUAAGA